AUGACAGUAUUUUGGCACGCGUGUGAUACUUCACCAUCAGCUGGUACACGUAAUAUCAAUGCUGCUCUUAGAUCGGGUACAGCGACGACGAACAAUCGUCAAUUGAAAGAUGUCAUUGAAAAGAAAAAGUAUCAACAUGGUAUUCAAUUAUUAAAAAUUGAAUUAAGUCAACGUGAUUUAUUAAUACAAAAUCAACGUAUUGAAUUUUCAGAAAAAAUCGAAGAAUUACAAGAAAGAUUAGCCGAAGCAGAUUAUCAAAAACAAAUAUUACAAACAAAAUUAGAUUCACAAAUACAAAUUGAACGUGAAAUGUCGAUGCAUCAACAAGAUGAAAUUCGUCAACAAUUACAACAUAUUAUGUCAAAACAAAAAGAAUUAGAAGAUGUUAAUUAUCGUCUAUUAUCAAAAUCAAAUGAGAUUAGAAAAAGUUUACAACGAAAAAUUUUACCAUCAGAUGAUGAAUAUCAACAAUUAAAAACACUUGAUGAUGAACAAAUGACACUAAAAGAUUUCAUCAUGGUUCGAUUUUAUGAAAUAGUAAAACCAUUGGAACUUCAAAUUGACGAUUUACAACGAUCUCAAACACUUUUGGAUACACAUUUAUCAACUAGUAGUCAAGAUUUAAUGCAAACUCAAAGAGCUUUAGAUGAUGAACGUCGUUCUUGUCAUGCACUUCAAAUGCAAAUUCAAAAAUUAUCAUCAGAAAUGAAUGAAUAUAAAAAUUUAAGUGAACAAUAUGAUUUUAAAAAACAAAAUUAUGAUAGAAUUAAAAAUGAACGAGAUAAUUAUGAGAGACAUGUCGUUGAAUUAGAUCGUCAAGUAAUGCAAGAAAAUCUUCAAAUACAAACAAUGACGAGAGAAAAAGAGGGUCUACUAAAAGAGUUGGCUGAAAAUCGAAAUGAAAUUGUUAUAUUACGUCAAGAUAAAGAGUAUUUAACUCGACAAUUAAAUGAUAUUCAAAAUAAAUAUUAUUCAGCUGAAGAAAAAAUUAGUACAUUAGAAACACAAGUGGACGAUGUUAAACGAGCAAAAGAAACUUUGUAUGAAAAAUAUAUAUCAGCAAGAGAUACAUAUAAAAAUGAAUAUGAAAAUAAACUUGCAGUCGAAUUAGAUCAAUUACGUUCAAAAACAUCAUUAGAAAUUGAUAAAUUACGACAUAGUGUCAAAGAAAUGUAUGAAAGAGAAAAUAGAGGUUUUCAACAUGGUCGGGAAGAGGCAUUAGUCGAACGUGAUCGUAUUGCUCAAACUGAACGAGAAUUACAACGUAAAUAUGAUGAGUUAUUGAAUGAACAUCGUCAAUAUCAAAGUCAAACAGAAAUUCGUUUGGCUGAUCAACAAUCCGAAUUGAAAAUGAAAACAUUUGAAUUAGAUCGUUUACAGUUAUUGUAUGAAGAAAAUUUAAAAAAUUUAAAAUCAUCUCAAAUUGAUAUUGAAAAAUUACAGAAAAAAAAUGAUUUAAUUCAAAAAGAAUAUUUUAAUCUUCAAGUUCAAUCGGAUAGACGAAUGAUGGAAAUUGAUACCGAAUUAAAUGAAAAACGAACAAAAUUACAAGUAUAUGAAAAAGUUGAACAAGAACUCGAUGAAGUUGUCAUGCAAGCAGCACAAGUUGAAAAUGAUGGUGAGGCAGAUAAAGUAUUAUUCUCCUACGGUUAUGGGGCAACAUUACCCACCGCGGCUAAACGACGCUUGCAACACAGCGUUCAUCUAGCAAAGCGAGUUAUACAAUUAGAACAAGCAAAUACAUCACUGAGACUAGAAUUAGAUAAAGAACGAAAGAAAACAAAAGACACUUACCAACAGUUGCAAUCAGCAAAUACAAUUCUUGAUCAAGCUCAACAACCGUAUGAUUUUCUAAUAGCAACAGUUCGAAAUAAAGAUCAACAAUUAAAAAAAAGUCAAGAAACUAUUGAACAAUUAGAAAAACAAUUACAAGAAAAUGAUAUGCAAAAACAAUCAUUGCUGAAAACAAAUAAUCAAUUGACGAAAGAUAUUGAAAAACUAUUAGAAUAUCAAGAGCCGUUAAAAGUAAUGAAAAAUGUAAUAUUGAAUUUACAAGAUACGACAAAUCAAAAUUAUCACCGAGAACAUCGUCGUACCCCGUCGCCUACUCGUUUAUCACCCGUUCAUCAAAAUCGACCGCGUUCGUCAGCUAUCACCUAUUCAUCAUCAUUUUCCGAUAUUCAACAUAGCAAUCCGGCACCGACAGUUUUUACUUCAUCGAACAAUACCAAUGCACGAGCAAUGUUCGAUCAGAGUAAUAACAAUAAUCGAGUUGUUAAAACAAGAGAUAAUCCUCAAGGAAAAUACAGACAUAUUUAUAAAGUGACCAAUAAAUGA